UUGUGCUUCGCUCCCUCGCAUUUUCCUCAGUGUAAGCAAGCAAGCAUUGGUGUCUUCUGUUGCAACUUUAUAACGUUCGUACACGCCCAACGGUAUUACCAAAACUUUGUGAAUUAAAAUAACAAUAACUAUGAGCAUCAUCUGAGAUCUUACACUGAUUUGUUUUGAUUAUAUUGUCGGUUCAAUAUUAAGUUUUAGUGAACAAUGUCCGUAAGUGCUAGCGCUGAAAAUCUUUCGACUGACGCACAGAGCUGUGAUGGAGGCUCCAUGUGCUUGGAGCUGGCGCUGGAAGGCGAGCGUCUAUGCAAGGCGGGCGACUGCCGCGCGGGUGUCGCGUUCUUCCAGGCUGCCAUACAAGCGGGCACCGACGACCUCCGCACCCUCAGUGCUAUAUACAGCCAGCUCGGCAACGCUUACUUCUACCUCGGGGACUACAAUAAAGCGAUGCAGUAUCAUAAGCAUGAUCUCACAUUAGCUAGGACCAUGAACGACAAACUGGGUGAAGCGAAAGCUUCAGGCAAUUUGGGCAACACACUGAAAGUGAUGGGCAAAUUCACAGAAGCGAUUCAAUGCUGCACGAGGCACUUGGAGAUCUCCAGGGCACUUGGAGACAAAUUGAGUGAAGGCAGAGCCUUGUAUAACCUUGGUAAUGUGUACCACGCGCAGGGCAAGCAGCUGGGGAGGGUGGGCCAGAAUGAUCCAGGCCAUUUCCCUCAGGAAGUCAGAGAUUGUCUCAUGCAAGCGGUUUCUUAUUACGAGGAAAACCUCGAGUUGAUGCGUAGCCUAGGGGACCGGCAGGCGAUGGGUCGCGCGUGUGGAAACCUGGGCAACACGUGCUACCUUCUCGGCGACUUCGCCCGCGCCAUCCGCUACCACACCGAGCGGCUGCAGAUAGCCCAGGAAUUCGGGGACAAGGCUGCUGAACGCCGGGCCAACAGCAACCUGGGCAACUCCCACAUAUUCCGGGGACAAUUCGAGAACGCCAUCGAACAUUAUAAGCGGACACUGGCGCUCGCGGAGGAGCUCGGCGAUGCGGCCGUUGAAGCCCAAGCUUGCUACUCCCUGGGGAACACCUACACUCUGCUCCGGGAGUACAGGAUCGCUGAGGAGUACCACGUGCGCCAUCUCACUGCAGCCAGGAAGCUGCAAGACAGAGUUGGCGAGGGGCGCGCGUGUUGGUCUCUGGGCAACGCUCAUGCGGCGUUGGGCAACCAUGAGAAGGCGUUGUAUUACGCCAAUGAGCACUACAAUAUAUCUAAAGAGCUGGGCGACGUACUUGGCAUGGCGACUGCGCAGAUGAACAUCGGCGAUCUCCGCAAGGUGCUCGGGAUGCCGGCGGAGGCUCAGUCGCCGCCGCCGGCAGCGGAGGACGACUCCACUCCGCGCACGCCCUUCAACGCCCUGCGAGUCAGGCGACAGAGUAUGGAGCAGUUGUCUCUUAUACAGAUAACCCCAGACAAUAAGAAGAAGGAGUGCGAGCAAGAAGCUGAAAAGAAACGUGAAGUAGCCCGGACAGAGUCAGAAGAAAACCCGGUGGAGUCCUUCUUCGACCUUCUGAGCCGUUGCCAGUCGGAGCGCAUGGACGAACAGCGGGCCACGCUCAAUGGCGACAAGGAGAACAGACCCAAACCCAAGCCGAGCAAGCUUCAGCGCUCGGCCAGCAGCGGCAACAAGAACACUGGGUCAAACGACGCCAUGUUGGAUAUGAUAACGGACCUGCAGUCGGAGCGUAUAGACUCGCAGCGCGCGGAACUGCGGCCCGCGAAGAAGCUGUCAAAGGAGAGUAAGGGUACCUCCUUACCCGGUCUCCGUCAUCAGCAGUCCACGUGCACCAAGCCAGAGGACGACUUCCUCGAGAUGAUCGCCCGAGUGCAGGGCUCUCGGCUGGAAGACCAGCGCUCAGAGUUGCCGCGCCCGAAGCCCGAGGAGCGCCCGAAGACAGUGCCGGACGACGAUUUCUUCGCACUUCUGAUGCGCGCGCAGGCCGGCCGCAUGGAGGACCAGCGGGCUACGAUCCCGCUGCAAGAAACUCGCCACAAAGGAGGCUCCAAUCCGAAGAAGUAAAUGGAUUUCGACUGACGUCCAACGUUUCAAUAAAAGUAAAUGAACGCACAAUUGCAACCGUAUAAUAAUAGUUGUAGAACAAAAUAUGUUUUCUUCGUAUACGUCUCAUAAAAGAAACUAAAGCAAACAAAAAAAAUCAUGUUACACUUGACUUAAGCCGUAGAUCUCUUAAUAAUUCAGAUAUAUACACUCUUUGAUUACGUGUGGAAUGAAACUUUAAUCUUUUUACUGUGUCGAUCAUUGUGGCGUUUUGGUCACCACGUCAUUCCGACAUCUUGAGACCUAAUGCGGGCAAUUAUUUACACUUAUUUUAGAUAGGUAUUUAUCUACGGGCGUUUUGUGCUCGUUUCUGUAUUUGUGUAUUUUCACGAUACAAGCUUUUUGCUUGGUGUGGGCGGUCCAUUUUGUCCAUUUUUAGUGCAGUUUGAAGGUCUACAGCAUAAUAGGUAAGAAUGAGAGAAAAAAUAUCUUUGUAAAUUAGGUUUUGCGAAAAUUAUAUCGUUUAGUUCGUAUCGCGCCUUGAAUUACACUAGUCGUCAUAAAAUAUUGCGAACACCGCGAGAGGUGACAGAAAAUUUGUAUUAGAAGGAACAAUUCAGUCACAGAGAUACCCGGACUAAAGUAGUGCGUUUGAGUAGGAGACUCGCUGUAAAAGCUGGUUGUGCACAUAUUUAUCAUACCAUAUGUAGUAACAAAAGUAGACAGAAAAAAAAUAGUAUACAGAUUACCUACUUUUAGCGUCUGAAAAUCAAAUAUUUUUUAUUUUGGCGUUAAAGUUAAUACCCGAGAAAAUAUUACGUAAUAAAAAUUGGAAAAUAAAUCUGUCCAUCACUAGUAUGGUUUGUCAGUUAUUCUAUAAUCUUUUUAUUAUGCGAAAUCGUUCGACACAGCUAACUUUAAUACGAUAAUGUAUGUCAUUUUUUUUGUUAAAAUACGAACGUACGUGUAUGAUAGAAAUUGUGCAAAGCGUGUUCUCCGAAAUAAAAUAUGUCCGUAUUUAAUGAUAUGAUUAAUGGCAUCAUAUUUUUAUCUGCUCAUAUUUUAUGUGGUCAAAAAUAAAGUUUAAAGUGUCUACAAUGUUUAAAAUAUUACAUUAUUGUGAAAGAUAAAAUGACUGUUUUUUACAUUCCUAAACUCAUGAAAUAAUCAUACUGUUGUGAUAUGUAACAACACUGUGUCAAUAGCAUCAUAACUAAUAAAAUGCAAACUCCAUAAUAUUUAAUUUUUAUUCUUAUAUCAAGUAUCGAUAUAUGUGUAUAAAGUUCAGUUACUUUGUAAUAAUUUUAAAUGUACCGCCAUCUGGUGACUAGAAAAUUCAUAAAAAAUAAAAUAUAUUAGUUCUACUACACUUAAAACUUCACAAAGUAAAUGGGCUUUAUAUAAAAGAUGUGCUUGUAAGUACAACGAAAAUAAUUAGGGAUUUCACAUCUAUUAUUUGUACGUUUAAAAAAAUAUAUACUCAUUAUGAAUUUAAUUUAGUCUUACUAUAAUUUCGAAUUAGUCUCCACUACGUAUAUUUUUCGUUAUAAGAAACAGAAAUUAAUAUUAGGAAUAAUAUAAAUUAGGAUGACUAGUUCGUUUAAAAUUAAUUUUAUAAGUUUCUUUUGCGCUCCAAUUCGGCAAUAACGUAAAAUUAAGAAUUUACUAAGGCCUAGACUAGAUAUACAAUUAUUUAAUUAAUAUUAAUUACAGUCAGGGUCCAUGCAAACCCAAUAUUUUUUUAAAAUAUGAAAUUUUCUCCCCAAGUAGCGCAAAUUAAGUAGUUUCAUUUUCUGCUGGUGUUUACUCAGCCAGUACAUAUUUAAAAGAAUAUGUCUGUAUUUUUAAUUUAAGGCAUAGGCCUUACUGCGAGGCAUAGCAGUUGAACGCCAAUAAAAUGCAUGUAGACCAUGUAGGAAAUAGAUAUAUAUUUUUUUCUAUAACGUCUGUUUUCGACGAUUUUUCUCAAGUUUCCUUUAAAAACUUGUAUUCUCUGAUGGAAUUGACUAAAUUUUAAUAUUUACAGUGUUGAUAAUCUUAUGUCAUAAUUGAGAAUCAAUAAACUAUUAGAUAUACUUGUAUACUGUACAUAAUAUUGUUAGAGAGAUCUGUUUGGAAUGAAUUUUAUGUAGGGAUGUUAAUACUUCGAGUUGGGCAAAUUUUACUGUUCUGGUCGUUGAAGAUGUUUUCAUUAUACCUACUUCAUGAAGUAAUUAAAAUACUUGUAUGACCUAAUGACUCUUACUGGAUACUUUUUGAAACUGUGAGUUAUUCAAUUGUCUGUUUGCAGUUGAAAAUAGAUUUAGAUAUAUAUUUGCUGUUAAUGAAUGUAAAACUUUGUCGUUGUUCAAUGGUUCUCUGAAAUGAAACUAAUAGAAGCAACAGUCCUUUUAAAUGUUCAUUGUGUUCAGAUUUGAUCGGUGUUUGAAUGUAUUAACAAGAUUAUUAAUAUUAGAUCCCAUUACAUAAAUGAACAAGAUUCCUGUGUAGUUCAAUCUCGGAAGUCUGGCCUAAAACUUUUUCUUGGAAAUGGUCUGAAAGAAGGUAGGUACUUGAUCUCUCACUUCGUCAAUUUAAAGACUAUUAUCUUUUUGAAUGCGACACCAAAUAGACUAAUGAAGAAUGCCAAAAUUGUUUCUUUAUACUUAUUAAUAUGAGCUAUCUUCAAUGUAUUAUACCUACAUACUCGCAACAUUUAUGCGUUUUUUCCAAAUUAUAUUUUGUUAUUUCGAAUGCUAAGACUGGUUUCGAUGCAAAUAUAUGAACAAAAUUCCCUUCUCUACUUGAGAAUAAUUCGUUGUACCUACCUACAUAAUACAUUGAAGAUACGCUUUUCUGCCUAUAUUUUACUUCUAAGAGAUUGUUAUUAUAUUAUAAGGUACUAACGAAUGCCAAAUUAUUCAAUAAAUUAUAAUUAUUA